CUUUUGUUUUUCUGUUACAGAAGAGCUAUCUUGACGAACCCUGACCUACUGGCGAGCACACCGUGGUACCGGUUGCUUGAGAAUGAUUUUUGGGGAACACCGCUGACGGAACGUGGCUCGCACGGCAGUUAUCGACCGCUUUGCGUGGCCACCUUUCGUCUGAAUCAUUCUCUUGGUGGCCUUGAACCCUGGGGCUACCAUCUGGUGAAUGUAGCGUUGCACGCUGCUUGCACCAUUCUCGUGGUCAAGGUUGCUAGAAAGGUGCUGCCAGGAAGGAGCAAUCUCGCGCACGCGAUCACGGGUUUCCUGUUUGCGGUCCAUCCCAUUCACAGCGAGGCUGUGGCCGGUAUAGUCGGACGUGCCGACCUUCUUGCUUGCUUCCUGACCUUGACAUCUUUCCUGACGUACUCAGCCCAUUGUAAUCGCACGAGAUCGCCAUUUCCUCUGCUGUUGGCCUUGGUAUCAUCGACGCUGGCUACCCUCGCCAAAGAGACUGGUAUAUCGUCUUUGGCUCUCUGUCUUCUGUGGGAGCUCUGUCGCGGCGAGCCAAGUCGAAAAGGCAAUUGCGGAUUCACUCGGGGCCGCAGCGUCGGCAUUCUGUCGGGCGGUCUGGCACUGCUCGCACUGGGUCGGCUCAGGCUCGUAGGCAACAGGCCCGAAUUCGCGAGCGCGGACAAUCCGGCGGCGAGGCAUCCGUCGCGGCUGACACGCGGCUUGACGUUCCUGUAUCUGCCGGCGGCCAGCGCGAGAAUGCUGCUGUGCCCGAGCACGUUGAGCUUCGACUGGUCGAUGGACGCCGUGCCACGCAUAACGAGUCUGUUGGACCCGCGUAAUCUAGAAUCGGUGUGCCUAUACGGCGCCCUGAUCGGUGCCGCUUUCUGGGCCGUCAGGGGUCUGCGACGACGUCGGCGUAACUCGUGGACGAUGGGUCAGCAGGCGUAUUCGACGCGCGCGGCUACGUCGUCCAGGUGUCCCGUGUGCGCCGGUAGACGCACCGGCGGCUGUCAUACUGAUGGCUGCAGGGCGGCCAAUAACAAUAACAACAGUCCGCUCGGCGAUUGUCAUUGUGCCAAGAGGCCGAGCAGCAAUUGCGGCGUCAACGUUGGUGGCCGACAAACGGCGGCCACCGCCGUCGCCGUCUCCCUGGGCUUCCUCGUGCUCCCCUUCCUGCCGGCGAGCAAUUUGUUCUUCUACGUGGGCUUCGUCAUAGCCGAGAGGAUACUGUACCUGCCCAGUGUGGGCGCCUGUCUGGUCGUCGGCGCCGCGGUGUCCGGAUGCUAUCGGAUAGCGAGAAGAAACGGGUCCAAAACGCGAGGCAGGGCGGUGCUGCUGGCGACGGCGAUCCUCAUCGGCUUGAUGUCGGCGAAGACGCUCGUGAGAAACGCUGACUGGAGGGAUGAGGAGAGCUUGUACAGGUCCGCGCUGCAUGUUAAUCCGCCGAAAGCUUAUGGUAAUUUGGGGAGCAUUCUCAGCGAACAGGGUCGAAUAGCCGAAGCGGAGGAAGCGUUCGUCCAAGCUCUUCGCUAUCGACCGAAUAUGGCAGAUGUGCACUACAACCUAGGCAUCUUACAGCAGGGCAGGAAGAAUUACGAAGAGGCGAUUUUGAGUUAUCAACGAGCCAUUCAUUUCCGGCCUUCGUUAGCUCAGGCUUACGUAAAUCUGGGAGCCGCGCUGAUUUCGGUCGGUCGCGGCACGGAGGCGGCUGCGGUUUUGCGCGCCGGUGCAUCCUUGGACGGCUCCGGUCUGAAGGACAAAAGGGCUCACGAGGCGGCCAGGGUGCAGGCCCUCCUUCAAUUGGGCGCACUGUAUGCCGAUCAGGGUAGAUUACAAAGAGCCCUGGCAGCGUACAAGGAAGCCCUGCAGUCCCUACCGGAUCACUAUCCACCUCAGAGCGUGUAUAAUCUGCUAGGCGAAACGCUGUCCAGACUGCAACAGUACGCGGAGGCGGAGAGGUGGUUCCAGGCGAGUUUGGCCAGCCAGCCUGACCACGUGCCGGCCCACAUCACUUACGGGAAACUUUUGGCACGGAACUCGAGCCGUGUCCUGGAAGCGGAGAGAUGGUUUCUGAGGGCACGCAGAUUGGCGCCGGACGACCCCAGCGUGCACCAUCAUUACGGGCUGUUCCUGACGUCGCAGGGCCGAUUGGUGGAAGCUGCCGAGGAGCAGCUGCGAGCGGCCGAGCUGUCGCGAUCCGACUACGAACUGUCGGUCGCGGCAGCCUCGGCGCUUCGGCAGGCCGAUCGUCGCGAUGAGGCCGAGAUCUGGUAUCGACACGCGGUUAAUCUAAGGCCGCACGAGGCCCGCAGCCACACAAAUCUCGGGGCGAUCCUACACCUGAACGGCAAGUACAAGCAGGCCGCCGCGGCUUACAGGGAGGCGCUUAGAUUGCAACCGGGCGACGCAACGACCAUAACGAAUCUGCACAAACUGGCGGCGAUCUUGGCGUGACCUGAAGAAAUGCAGGAUGACCGAGGAGGUGAUAGAGAGAGCGAGCAUGAAGACACGAUGAAAGAGAAGAUGGUGUGUGUAUUAUACGACCCCGCGCGAACGAGGAAGAGGAGCCCUUCUUAUCGUGACAUUACCGUGUACCCCAAGAUCCCCUACCGGCCCGAUCUUCCUACCGAUAUUCGUUUAUAUCUCUGCGUCGUUGGCGACGCGCGCGUUCACAUCGACCACGCGCUGCCGACUCGUAUCGCCUGCUAUGAUAUGUGAAGAAUAAAGCUUCCUUUAUUUUUCUCUAAUA